AUGGAGAGCCCCAUGGAAUACCAAUGGACCACGGGUCCCAAGAUGGACCCAGCAUCGCCUUUCACUCAUCUAGGGAUGGAGAGCAAGAAGCGCACACAUAGCGCGUUCGAUUCACCAGACAAGAAAUCAGUCCCUCACCUUCGCGCCCCGAACUCGCAGCCCUUCUAUUUCUCUCAGUCACAACAGCCCGCAUCCCCCGCUCCCAAGUCCGUCUUCGGUCAGCCCGCCUUCACAACACCGCGCAAAUUCGAUGUCGAUGUCGAUUUCUCAUCUGGGGCGGAGAACAUGUCGUCUCCGGACAACGCAGACAACGAGGAUACCCCAGAUGCAAAGCCAGAGAAGCGCAACUCAUUGUACCAGAUGUAUGGCCGCUUCGCUCCCAGUCCUGGACGAGGAGAGAUCCCCCGCGCGAAACACUACUCGAACGCCCUCGCUCGGAGGGUAGAAAAGCGACGACGAAGGGAUAAAGAGCUGGGCAGACAGAUUCGAGUGGAUAGCGACGACGACAGUGACCGACCUAGUAGCAGUGAAGGACGGAAAGAGAAAUCGAAGAAACAAGGGAAAGGAUCCGAUUUAGAACCGCCUCAAUCGCGAAUUUCGAAAUUCUCCGAAUUUUUUGCGCUAUUGGAACGGCAUCCCAAUAUCCCGAGCAUUCUUUCGUGGUGGGCCCAGCUCUUUGUCAACCUGUCACUCUUCUCACUGGCUGUGUACGUCGUCUUCUCAGUUGUGUCAACGAUACGUGCAGAGUUUGAGCAAGCUGCCCAAGGGGCCAAGGAUGAGAUUCUGGAAACCAUGUCAAGAUGCGCCGACAACUACCUCUCGAACAAGUGCGCCAGUAGCGACCGACUCCCCGCGCUGAAGGACCUCUGUAUGAACUGGGACCAAUGCAUGAAUCAAGACCCCGACAAGGUUGGACGAGCCAAAGUCUCCGCUCAAACGAUGGCUAUGAUCAUCAACAGCUUCAUUGAUCCCAUUAGCUGGAAAGCAUUCAUGUUCUUCCUCGCCAGCAUUGCCACUGUAACCGUCGUCAGUAACCUCUCCUUCCGCUCUUUCAGAAAACGCCUGAAUCAACAAACAUGGUCACCUCCCAACUACCAACAACCUCACAAUCCGCAACUACACCCUCCACCCCUCCACCAAAACCCGAGCUACGGCUACUAUCCCCAAGAGCCUCAACAAAUAUCCAGCAGCUACACCGAGAAAGACCCUCAAUUAAUGCUCGAGGGUCCUCGGAUGGACUUUGUCACAGAACGCUCGCGCGAGCGCGAAAGCCAACUCCGAACACCGAGUCCAAGCAAGCGCGGCCGUCGCUUCGCUUAA